GAAGCCCAGAUGGGGAGGCAGCUGUCCAUUUCUACUUCAGAACUCAAAUACGUUAUCAGCCUAGCUGUCUUUCUACUAGCAUGGCUACACGGUGGGGCAUCUGUGGAGCAGGAAAGAUCAGCCAUGACUUCAGCGUGGCCAUGAAAACCCUGCCAGCAAAAGAGCACCAGAUAACAGCGGUGGCUGCAAGAAGCCUGGAGAGAGCACGAAAGUUUGCUGAGACUCAUGGCAUCCCCAAGGCUUAUGGGAGCUACGAGGAGCUGGCUGAUGACCCAGAUAUUGAUAUCGUAUAUGUGGGUGUCCUUCACACUGAGCACCUGAAGGUGGGUCUGCUGUUCCUGAAUGCAGGGAGGAAUGUGCUGUGUGAGAAACCCUUUGCUAUGAACCUCAGAGAGGUCAAACAACUCACCACAGCGUCCAGAAGGAACAACGUCUUCCUCAUGGAGGCUCUGUGGUCCAGGUGUUUUCCAGUGUACACUGAGGUGGGCAGGCUGCUUGCAGAGGAUGCUGUAGGAGAUGUAAAGCUGGUGAAAGCUUAUUUUGGCUCCCCUCAGCUCCACAUCCCCCGCUCUGUGGAGAAGGGGCUGGGAGGAGGCGCUCUGCUGGACAUCGGAGUGUACUGCCUGCAGUUCGUACUGAUGGUGUUCAAGGGGGAGAGACCAAAAUCUGUCCACGCCACAGGAGUGCUACUCGACUCAGGAGUGGAUGAGUCCAUGGUGGUCGUUCUGAAGUAUUCACGGAACCGGAUGGCAUGGUGUGCUUUCUCCAUCGCUGUGGCUCUCCCCAAUGAUGCCAUCAUUACUGGCACCAAGGGCACCAUCAAAGUUUCUUACCCCAUGCAUUGCCCAACCACUCUGGAGGUGAAUGGGAAGCAGACUCACUAUCCUCUUCCAGACCCCUCUCUGCCUCUCCACUUCACCAACAGCACAGGGCUCCGCUAUGAGGCCGAGGAAGUCAGACAGUGCUUACUCAAAGGCCUGAAGGAGAGCCGCAGAAUGACCCUGGCAGACUCCGAGCUGCUUACUGAGAUCAUGGACGAAGCAAGGAGACAAGUGGGCGUGGUUUUUGAUCAGGACCAUCAGUGAGGUUGCAAGAAGAUACACUGAUUACAAUUUACUGAGUAGGCCAGCCAAAUACCACAAAACAGUAUACAGUACACAAUGCACUGUUUUCAUACAACAGAACUAUAGUACUGCAACAUACUGAAAUGAUUGUUUAUUCUAAUCAUGUCUGUUUUAUUAAUAUACACAUAUACAAAGAUAUUAAUUAAUGGACUGUCAUUACAUUCUGUGUUUCUUUGCUGUCAUGCUAGCUAUAAAAAUAUAAUUUAAAAAUAUA